AGUAUCUAACAACUUCCCAGAUCCUACUUCAAUCGGGCUUUUCUAAUCACGAUAGCUUUCCAUUUUUCUUUUUCCCAAAUUUGGAAAGAAUUUUAAUUUAAAGUAAUAAGUUUUAAGGACAGGAAUGCUUUACAGAAAAAGGACCCCAACAUGCAGCCAUUGGGGAUGGCAUAUUCCUGCUUGUUUCACCUACUUUCUCUCUUCUUGAGACGACCCAACAACAUAAAAGAGAAAACAAGAAUGGCGGGAAAGAAUUUGCGGAGGUAUGGCAUCGGAGAACUUCUCGUGGGGAAUAAACGGCAGGAAAGAACGUGCGCGCGGGUACGAUACCGAAUAAUUUCCCGGGAUAGGAAUGAUCAUUGAUCCCCCCCAGUAAGAGCCUCGGCGGGUGCCAAAUAAAAGAACGGAGGAAGAAAACUAAAUUUAAAGCGCCAAACGGCGUGGAUCCGUCGCGGUGGUCUCUGAAUAACAAUGUAUAUAAAGAGACGAGAAGAGCUGACAGCUUCGUAUAUAUAGUCAUAAUCAGAUAAUAUAUCUCUCCCUACUCUCUCUCUCUCUCUCUCUCUCUCUCUCUCUCCCGCCUGAAAAUCCACCAAAACCCUAGAAAGCCGUGAGCUAGCAGUCGCUCAUGGCAAAGACCCGAAGCGAGGAAGAAGAGCUCUCAUUGCCUGCUAAGCGAAAACCGGAUCUCACCUGCUCCAACCCCGACGAGGCUCCCCCGGCCAAGACUCCCAAGUCGGUCGACGCGAUCAACGGCGUCUCUCACGCCGACAGCGGAGCCGAAACCGUCCAGGCCGAAGAGAAUGCCGCCGGCAGGGCCGAGGUCCCCGAUGCUUCUGGUAGAUCCGGAGCUGAUCUUGACGGGGGAGAAAAGGAAGCGGUGCAGGACUGCGAGAUUGAUGAAGACGAUGAGGAGGAUGACGAGGAUUACGACGAUGAAGAGGAUGGCGAGGAGGAUGGACAGCAAAGAAUGGUGGAUGUGAAGGGGAAAGGCAUCCUUAAGGAUGACAAGGGGAAGGGGAAACUGAUCGUGGACGAAGACGACGACGGCGGCAGUGAUAGUGACGACAGUGAUGACGAUGAUCCUAGCGAUAGUGACAGUGAUGUGCAGUCUGGGAGCGACAGUGAUUGGGCGGAGGAUCCUCUAGCGGAGGUUGAUUUGGACAACAUCUUGCCUUCGAGGACUCGCCGGAAAAGAGCUCAGUCCGGAGUCGUCAUCGCCGGCGAUCGAGGGAAAACUGACAGGGGCAACGACGGCAGCAAAGCUUGAUUCCAGUGAGGUUAGUGCAGAGCUCGGUUCGUGUUAGGCAUUUGUUUUGGAGUUUUAGUUCGCUCAACUGAUGAAGUGGAGGGAUGUGUAGAUCGAAUUAGCUGAGAUCUUGAUGAAUUCUUGGGCGAUUAUCCGCAUUCAGUAGCGAGCUCUGCUCUGUCGAUGGUUAACGUUGUGGCAUGACAUUGAUAUUCCCCCUGUAUCAACUGUACUAUCAGAAAUACUCUAGCUGAAAUUUGAUCUGCAAAGGUUUUCCCUUUUAUCUUUAUCUUGGAUGUUCAAAAGGAAAGAACAACUCUGCGGUUGAAACGUGUGGCAAGAAUUGUUUCAUGCUAGUGCAUUAUUGAUUUCGGAGUAGAAAAAACAACUCUAAAGAAUACUGCGUAUUGUUUGGAAAUGGGAUAGUUCUUUU